UACCUUAGUGCAUUGUAGCAUCACCGAGCAAAGUGACAAGAUCUUCCAACGCAUUCACUGCAAAGUAGAGAGUAGUUCUUACUGUUUUAUCAAAUCUAGCAACAAUGAAGUGCCUGAUCGUUCUCGCUGCUCUGAUCGCCAUCGCGGCCUCUGCCCCCCAGGGUGAUAUCGAAGUGCGCAACCUGGACAUCGACCACUCCGGUCUGGUGGACGGUUCGUACAGCUUCAGCUACGAUCAGUCCGAUGACCACAAGCGCGAAGAGUCGGCUGUGUUGAAGACGGUGAAGAACUUCGACAAUGAGGAUGUGCCAGCUCUGGCCAUCACUGGACAGUACGAGUUCACCGAUCCGGACGGCAAGCGUUACAUCGUCAAGUACACGGCCGAUGAGAAUGGAUUCAACCCGACCAUCACCGAGGCCUAA